AUGAAGCUGCCCUGCGGCUUCUUCCUCCUGUGGCUUGGCCUGGCGGGCAGCCUGGCUCAGAGCGACCCCAGCCCCAAGGGAGAGGAGUCUUACUCGGACUGGGGCCUUCGGCACCUGCGGGGCAGCUUCGAGUCGGUCAACAGCUACGUGGAUUCCUUCAUGGAGCUGCUGGGAGGCAAGAACGGAGUCUGCCAGUACCGGUGCCGAUAUGGAAAGGCGCCAAUGCCCAGACCUGGCUACAAACCUCAGGAGCCCAAUGGUUGCGGUUCCUAUUUCCUGGGCAUCAAGGUACCAGGAAGUAUGGACCUGGGCAUCCCGGCGAUGACCAAGUGCUGCAACCAGCUGGACGUCUGCUACGACACCUGUGGUGCCAACAAGUACCGCUGUGAUGCGAAAUUCCGAUGGUGUCUCCACUCCAUCUGCUCCGACCUCAAGCGGAGCCUCGGCUUCGUCUCCAACGUGGAAGCAGCCUGUGAUUCUCUGGCCGACACUGUGUUCAACACCGUGUGGACCCUGGGCUGCCGACCCUUUAUGAACAGUCAGCGGGCAGCUUGCAUCUGUGCGGAGGAGGAGAAAGAAGAGUUAUGA